CAAAUUAAUAAAAAUUAUGUCUUGGGAAAGAACUAAAUGUGUAAUCAAACAUUGUCAGGCUACUAAAAAAAAAUUUCCUGAAUUAAGAUUUUUUGAGUUUCCUAAAAGAGGAACUGAAAGAUAUUUAAAAUGGCUAUGUAAUGCAGGAGAUUCAUGUCCCAAUAUAGAAGAUAGAAAAAGACCUUAUAUAUGUAGCAGACAUUUUGAAUCGUAUUGGAUGGGCAAAAAAUGGUUGAGAAGAGAUGCUUGUCCCACAAUAUUUUCAGAAGAUUUUAAAUUUAAUCCUCAGAAUGCAAAUAAAACAUAUGAAAGACGAAGUAUUUUUAAAAUUCAAGAACCAAGAAUUCAAAAUGACAAUGCAAAUGCAACUCAUGAUUCGAGUGUCGAAGAUCAAGUCAUUACAUCUUCUCAAAGUGAUUCCUCUAGUAAAAAUUUAAAAAUAGUGAAAUUUAGAAAAACUUCCUCAGAUUCUCUCAAAAAUAAAAAAAGCGUGAUUUUUUAUGUAAGACAAAUUAAAAAAUUGAAAAAAAUCUUAAAUGAGUUGACUUUAAAGAUUAAAAGGGGUAAAGAAGUUCUAAAAUAUUCUUUUCGACACCGAGACGCACUAAUAAGAAACAAUAAACGGGAAAAUGAAGAAGGCUUUCAAUUUCAAGAUGAAUGUUCAAGUGAUACCAGUAGUAAUUCAGCAAAAACAGGCUCAAAAAUUCCAAGAGAAGUGAAAAAAGUAGCAAAAUCUUCUCAAAUCCCGAAAAUCCAAACGGAAAAGAACGAUGAAUUUCAAGUAAAUAAUGAAUGCUUAGUUGAUAUUGGAGCAGCUUCACAGCAGAAUGAAAUAGAUCCAUUGAGUUCAAUUAAAGAGGAAAUAGAAGAAACCUCUUAUAGCAUAGAAGAAAAUUUAAAUUUACCAUCAACUUCCCCAGAAGUAACUGCUUUAAAGGCUUGUGAACAAAAUCAGGAUUUCCCAGUAAAAAUCGAAUUGGAAAGUUUAGAUGAUCCUUUUCAAACAAAUGAGUGCCUAGUAAACGUUAAUAAUCCCUUAGUAGCAAAUGAAAUAGAUCCCCUAAUCUCAGUCAAGGACGAAAUAGAAGAAAAACCAAAUUUACCUGAAGGAGGUAAGGAAAUAUUAAGUUCUAGUGACGGAGAGGAACGUAAAAGAAGACAGUCAGAUGAACCAGAUAAAAAUGUUGAUUGUGGAAAUUGUAAAAAAUUUAAAGAAGAAAGUGAUUUUUAUAAGAAAGAGUACCUUUCUAUGAAAGAGAAAUGUUCGCAAAUUUUAGAAAGAGUUAAAAGUCAUGCAGUUACAAUGGAAUCGAUUGUUCAAAGCAAUAAAUUUGGUACCACAGAACUUAAUAAUUUAAAUACUGGAAAAAUUAAAUUAGCUGAAAAAGUGAAAGAGAAUGAAAUUAAGUUAUUAAAACAAAUUGAAACAUUAAAGGCAGAACUACAUGUUUUUAAAUACACAAAAUGUUCAUUAAAAGUAUUAAAAAAUAAUAAUUGAUUUUUUUUUA